ACUAAACCUGUUGAUCCCACUGUGGAAGGAGGUGCUCAGGUACAGCAGAUUGUAAAUAUUGAGUGUAUAUCAGACUUCAUGGAAGCACCAGCCUUAAACAUUCAGUUCAGAAAACAACCCUGUUUCCUUAACUUAUCACGUCUGAAUCUGCAGACUAAACCUGUUGAUCCCACUGUGGAAGGAGGUGCUCAGGUACAGCAGAUUGUAAAUAUUGAGUGUAUAUCAGACUUCAUGGAAGCACCAGCCUUAAACAUUCAGUUCAGAUAUGGAGGAACUUUACAAAAUAUCUCCGUGAAGCUACCUAUCACAUUGAACAAAUUUUUCCAGCCUACAGAAAUGGCUGCUAAUGACUUCUUCCAGAGAUGGAAACAACUGAGCAACCCUCAACAAGAAGUACAGAAUAUCUUUAAAGCAAACCAUCCAAUGGAUGCUGAAAUUACAAAGGCAAAAAUCAUUGGCUUUGGCACAGCUCUGCUGGAAGAAGUGGAUCCUAACCCUGCUAACUUUGUAGGUGCUGGCAUAAUAUACACAAAAUCAAUACAAAUUGGAUGUUUGAUGCGUCUUGAACCCAACCUCCAGGCAGAGAUGUACCGAUUAACACUACGAACAAGUAAAGAAACAGUCUCACGAAGAUUAUGCGAAUUGUUGUCAGAACAGUUCUGAAUCUAAACUCAAGACCAGCUUUGAUUCUUUCUUUCUGCCUGUUUUCUUGUCCUGCUCCAGGAAUGUUCUGUGCACCAGUGUCUGCAUAAAUAACUGCCAUCACAUUCACAUUCCUGCCUUAAAGGACCUGUCCCUCUUAUGUGAAUAAAAGAUAUGUGUAAUGUAAAGUUACCUAAAUGUGAAAAUAUUUCUGGCACAAGGAAGCCAGGAGGCAUUGUGUUUGUCACCUCCACUAUUUCAGGCAUUUUGUCAGACGUUGGUUUCAUGAUGACUUACUUUGAUUAACAAUGAUCUAAAUGAAAGGUGUUUUUCUCCCCCCAGAAAUUCCAAUGUAAAUUGGAAAUAACAUUGUGGUUUCUUCUCCUAUCCCUGUAUUGCCCCAGCAGUAAUCAGUAAAGUUCUGUUUGAUGAGACUGCAGUAGCCAUCUUGCUGCUGUACUCUUUGUCAAUCUUAGAUGGAUCAACUUUUGAGAAUGUCCAGGACUGGGAAUCCAGGACUGUUGUAAUGAAUCUCACAAGUGUUGCUUUUUCAUAAUAGGCUAUGGGCAUUGACCUUGAGUACAGUACAUAGAGGCAUUAGGAUAUUAUUUCCCCCUACCUCAAGCAAUUUGUUUUAAACAGCUUUAAUUCACCCUUCCAUUUCCUCCAAAUUAUGAAUUACCAAAGAGUAAAUGUCUUAUCAAACGCUGAAAUAAAGAGUCAGAAUUAUUAGAUUCACUAUUUCUACAGAACUCUAGUUAAUCCAUUGUUCACUUGGAUUGUAAAUUUUUUAAAAAAAUUCACAUGGAGCUACACUAAAAAAUUCUCAGAGAAUCUGUUUCUAUAUUCUCUAGCCCUGGCUGUUAUUAUUGAUAGGCAAUUUUGAUGUAAUAUUUUUGUUAGCAUAUGGGUGGUCACACAGAUACAGACAUCUAGUAUAUUCAGGUCCUAAGUAAAUCAUUAGCUGUUGAAAGUAUAAUGGCCUGAUAAUUGCUUUUUUAACAUCACAAAGUUGGGUGCAUUAUUUUCAAAAAGUCUAGCAAUGAUAUGGUGUACUUGGCAUGAGAUAUGCAUUUGUAAUAUAUUAUAGAUAUUAAGUCUGACAUCCUUUUCAGCAAGUAGAAAUAAGUUUCAAUCACACUUCUCUGAAAGGAUUCCAAAAUGGUUAUCACGGUCACUCAGUAAAACAAGAAAAAAUAAGCAAUGGUGUCUUUAUUGCAAUAAAUGUCCUUGGGAGUUUAAUCAGUUUUUUUUAAAGAUAAAAUUGCAUGUCUGGCUUACAAAACAGUUAUCUAAAUUCCUCCGAGUACUGACUUACUGGUUUUUUGCAAACUUCUUUAGGUAAAAUUGUUGGGCUCCACUGAAUUAGCACAUUUUGAUAAAUGAAAUGGAAUUAAUUUGGUGAUGUAAUAAAACUAGGAUACCUUCCAAUAUUCCCCCUCUCUCUGGAGGAAUCCUAAGAGUGGUCAUCACAAUGAACAGAUUAAUGCGUCCUCAUUUUUCACAUGGAACUGGAAGCCAUUAAAACAAGGGAUAAUUAGAAGCUUAUCAUAUAACAUAUUAAGAAGGUCUGCCAUUUAACUUUUAAAGAGAUCUGAAGGCACUGAGGUUGCACUUAUUUAAUACCAUGGCAAAUACCACAGUGGUUAUCACUGUGCAGUUGUGAGCAAAUGUGAUUUAUCCAUAAAAAGAUGAAGAUUCCAAAUCAGCUGUUCAUAUAAUUUGUGCUUCCCUAAUGAGGAACAGAGAAUUGAAGUACUGGUAUAUACAAUUUAUCUUUAUUGGGAAAAAUUACUUGAUUACCAAAGUUAUAUAUUCUCUUUAUCAAUCAGAAAUAAUACUUUUUGUGGCUAAAACAGUAUUAGUAAUCCAAGUGCAGUAUUUGUUAUUGACAUGUGAAAGAUUCCUCAACUGGAAGAUAAAAUGCUGUAAACCUAGGUCUACACUCCGGUAUCUAUGUAUAACCAUUUCAGUAUAUAAAAAGUGAAUUUUCAGCUUAUAUGGUCAACUUUCAUUAUAAGUGUAUGAAUCUGAAAAUACAUAAAUCUAAUCAUGUUACCUUUAGCAGAAAAAAUAAAUGGCUAGAAGACUAAAA